AUGUGGUGGCCCUCCUUCGGGGCAACGUGGCGGGGGCCUGGCGCGUCCGGAGCUGGCCGUUCGCUCUGGGCUGUCGGCAGCCCGACAGGAAUUAUAUCAUUUGAUCAGUGCUGGAAAACGAAGAAUCACGACCAGGUUGCUGGAAAAGUUAAAGUUAGAUUAAAUUUAGAUAGACAAAAACUCAGCUCGCAGAGCUGUCGUCUGCUGUAG